UCACCAUCCGGAUAACAUCGCCUUCUAUUAACUCGUAAAAAUUUGGUUUCCGUUUAAAAAUACAAAAACAAAAUUAGAUACAAAAACAAUAAAGGUUUCAAAUAUAAAAUAAGAAAAAAAAAAUCCAAAACCCACCAAAAAUUUUCAAAAAGUGUAUAUGCGUGUGUGUGUGUUUUAAUUACAGUUAAAGUGAAUUUUUGAAUUCAAAUUUUAUUUUACAAACAAAGAAAAAUGUCAAAAAGAAGAAAACAUAUUUUAAAAAAUAUUUAAAAAAAAAAUUUAAUAAAAUUAUAAAAAUUUAAAAAAAAAUAAAAAAUAAUAAACAAGUGAAGUGAUUUUUUCACUCUUUUUCCACAAUGUUCUACAAUUUUAAUUAUUUUCAUAUAGUAGUGUUAUUUUUUAUUUAUAAUUUUCGCCCAAAUCUAUGCAAUAAAAUUUCAAUACAAAAUAUUAACGAAUAUGAAAAGGAAAUUUCUAUGUAUAAUGAAUUUGUUAAGCAAAGAUUCGAACCAAAUUUUCUUAAAGAUAAACCAUCAUCCUCAUCAUUAUAUAAUCCAAAAAAUUCUAUGAUACGUUCAUCAAGAAGUGUUUUUCAUGUAAAACAAAAUCCACUUGAAAAAUAUAUUGUUGAGGGUAAAGAAAAACCAGCUGUUAAUAAAACAAAAUUAUCACCUAGACCAAGUUUUAAUUUAUCAAAAAAUAUUCCAUUAACAAUGGAUCCAAAGGUAUAUCGUUGUAAUAUACCAGAAUCAAUUGAAUGUAAAAAUAGAACAAAUUUAUAUCGUAAUCGUAUAUACACGGAAUUAAAGAAAUCAAUGCAAUUUUAUUUAAAUGAAUCGAAUUAUUAUAAUGUCGAUACAAAAGCUAAAAGUUUAUUUUUUGAUUUAAGAUAUUUUCCAUCAACAUGUUUAGCUAAAAGAGCAAACGUGAGGAUUUUAAAACGUAAAGAUCAUCCAUUUAAUAAAGUUUAUUUGGGUAAAUUAUUCCCAAAGAAGAAACUUUUUAAACAUAUCAAAAAUAUACAAAAUUGUGCAAUAAUAUCAAGUGCUGGAUCAAUGGCUGGCUCUAAAUUAGGAAAAUUUAUUGACCAUCAUGAUAUUGUUAUGAGAUUCAAUAAUGCACCAGUAGAAGGAUAUGAAGUGGAUGUUGGCAGUAAAACAACAAUUAGAGUUGUCAAUUCUCAAGUUGUGACUAAACCACAAUUUAAUUUUACUGAAUCACCAAUUUUUCAUAAUACAAUAAUUGCUGCAUGGGAUCCAGGAAAAUAUAAUAGUACACUUAAGGAUUGGUUAAAUAAUGCUGCUGAUUUUGAUUUAUUUUCAAAUUAUGAAAAAUAUCGUAAAAAAUAUCCAAAAUAUGAUGCAUAUUUAAUUGAUCCACGUUCAAUAUGGCAUCUAUGGCAAAUGUUACAUAUAUUUUCUGGUGAACCAAUACGUAAAAAUCCACCAAGUUCUGGUUUUAUUGGUUUAUCAUUAUUACUGCCACAUUGUCCUUAUAUAGAUUUUAUUGAAUAUAUACCAUCAACAAGAUUAAAUGGUAGAUGUCACUAUUAUAGUAAAGAGUUAAAUGCCGCAUGUACAUUUGGAGCAUGGCAUCCAUUAGCUGCUGAAAAAUUAAUGACACUUGAUAUGAAUAUUGCUGAUGAUUUUACUGUAUUUCAAGAGGGUAUUAUAAGAAUUCGCCGUCCAGAUCAUCUAUUAUGUGACUCAAUAUCAAAUUUAUUAAGAUUUUAAAAAUUUUAAUAAGUAAAGCAUACACAACACAUACCAAUAAUUCUCAAUCAUAUAUAAAUGUAUGUUAUAUUUUAAGAAUAUUCAAAGGAAAAAUAUUAUUGAUUCUAAAAAGAAAAAUAAUUUGGGUAAAUAAUUUUUAAUUUUAUGAGCAUUUUAACAAGCAUUUCUACAUGUACUCAACAAUAUCGAAAUAGUUUGUAAGUUCAAGAACACGAAUGAUGUUGGAACCAUUACUCUGAAUUUCAAUUGCUAAAUCUAUCAGGUGAAAAUGGUUUUGCCAUCUUCAAGCUUUUAUACGUAUAUGAU